AUGGUGCUAGCAAAGUCCAAGAAUGCCGUAGGGCUCGGCAACAGUCUCAUGAAUGACCGCUUCGGCAAAGGCAAAGGCACCGACAUGCGUCGCGGCAACCAGCAAGGUAUUCAACGGACGGGGCAGAACGGAGAGACUUACAUCACAAACGCCAAAAAAGAAGCCUCAUGGGUAAAGAUGCGCUCCGUAACCGAGCAAGCCGCUCUCGACGAGUUCCUCUCCACCGCCGAGCUUGCCGGCACAGACUUCACGGCCGAGAAGCUUAACAACGUCAAGAUCAUCCACAAGGACCAGAAGAACCCAUUCCUGCUGUCUGCCGCGGAGGAGCGAAUGGCGGUCACGAAGCACAGGGCCAACAGGAAGCGGUUGACGGUGCCGCGGCGGCCGCACUGGGACAAGCAUACCACGCCGCAGGAACUCGAUAUGCGGGAGCGGGAGAGCCUGUUGGAGUGGAGACGGGGGCUGGCGGAGCUGAUGGAGGGUGAGGACCUGCUGAUGACGCCGUUUGAGCGGAAUUUGGAGGUCUGGAGGCAGCUGUGGAGGGUUAUUGAGAGGAGUGAUCUCGUGGUGCAGAUUGUGGAUGCGCGGAACCCGCUGCUGUUUCGCUCGGAGGAUCUGGAGAGAUAUGUCAAGGAGGUGGAUAAGCGGAAGAAUAAUCUGCUGCUGGUUAAUAAGGCGGAUAUGAUGACGUUGGAGCAGAGGCAGGCUUGGGCGGAUUACUUCGUCGCUGCUGGGAUCAACUUUAGGUUCUUCUCGGCGGAGCUGGCGAGGGAGAUGAAUGAGGCGAGGGUACAUGAAGAGGAUGGGAACCGAGAUGAUCUGCUUGAUGAAGGCGAUGUUGCGGAAGAGGUCGACGCGGACACUGACGGCGAGCCUGACGCGCUUGCAGAAGUGGCGAAGAAGUUGGACGUCCAGGAUCAGCAAGAGGAGGGCGAUCAGUGGGUUGACGAAGAAUCGAUCGACGGGGAAGAAGCUCCCGGCAUUCCACUGUCAAACGAAGAGCGAACAAGGAUAUUGACCACAGACGAGCUCGAGGAGCUGUUCCUAGAGCAUGCGCCAAGCAUUGACACCGGCCCAGACGAGCCACCGCGCAAGACUCAGAUCGGCCUGGUCGGGUACCCCAACGUCGGCAAAUCGUCUACGAUCAACGCCUUGAUAGGCGCGAAGAAGGUGUCCGUAUCGGCGACACCGGGCAAGACGAAGCACUUCCAGACGAUACACCUCAGCGACCAAGUCAUCCUUUGCGAUUGUCCUGGUCUAGUAUUCCCCAACUUCGCAACCACCAAGGCCGAGCUGGUCUGCAGCGGCGUGCUCCCAAUCGACCAACUCCGCGAGUUCACCGGACCGGCAGGACUCGUUGCACAGCGCAUCCCGAAAGCCUUCCUCGAAGCUAUCUACGGCAUGAGAAUCGAGACCCGACCACUUGAAGAAGGUGGUACCGGUAUGCCCACUGCCUCCGAGCUCCUCCGGGCGUACGCUACCGCAAGAGGCUUCCAGACUCAAGGCCUUGGACAGCCGGACGAGUCAAGAGCUGCACGCUACAUCCUGAAGGACUACGUCAAGGGCAAGCUACUUUUCUGCCAUCCACCGCCAGCCGAUCCGCCUAUAGACGAACAGUACUUCAAUCGCGAGCUCUACGACGAGGCGCAUCUCCCGCAGAAGCGGAGAGCAGCAUUGGCCUCACACUCUGACGUCUCAGCAAUCGGCUCUGACGAUCUGUCGGUCGUCGCGGACUCAGACAUUGUAUCGUUACUUCCGGUACAGGGUGCGAAAACCUCGCGGCUGGACAAGAAGUUCUUUGCACCAGGUCAGGGUGCUGGCCAUCUCAACCAGCCGUUUCACUAUCAGUAUAGCGAGCAAGGCAAGGAGCUGAGUGGUAGGAAGCUGAAGACAGUGACUGCGUUGGAGAAGGAUGUUGACCCCGAGGAUUUGAGGCUGAACAGCAAGAAGCAUUUCAAGGGGAAUAAGAAGAGGACCAAAGCUCUGAGAUCGGAGUAUGAUUAG